AUGAAGAAGGCUGGUACAGUUGUUCUUGUCACAGGGGCAUCGGGAUUUCUCGGAAAACAUGUUGUAAAGAUGUUACAGACAUGUGCAGACCACGCGCAGGAGGUUAGGAUAGUAGAUGUUGUACCUUUUAUAAAUAAGCUGGGAACUCGAAAUAUAAUUGAUGCCUGUCGUAAAUGCAAAGUUCCUAGACUAAUAUACUGCAGCAGUAUCGAGGCAGUUAGGGGCAAAGACCACAUAAACAAUGGCACAGAAAAUAAUACCUCUCCACCUGAUCAUUUCCUUUUCAAGGUGUAUGGAUAUACAAAGAAACAAGCAGAGGACUUAGUGAUUCAGGCAAACUGUCCAAAAUUGUCAACAAUUUGCUUGCGACCUUCUGGUAUGUACGGAGAACUUGAACCACGCCUUGUUCAAAAUGUAGCAGAUAGCUGGUUGGGGAGAAAAACAAGAUAUUUUAUUACUUUGAAUUGUGGCAAAGGUCAGGCAGACAUUUGUUACGUCGGAAACUGUGCUUGGGCUUUCGUUUGUGCUGACAAGACAUUGCAGACGUCGAGGUCAAAUUCAGCUGCCGGAAACGCUUAUUUCAUUCGGGAUGAUACGCCACAUACAAAUAUUACAGAACUAAUUGUACCAAUUGCUGAAGAAGCAGGAUUUAAACGUUUUCCAUUACAAAUACCUGUCUGGUUACUCUCGUUUAUAUUAUCUUUGAUGUACCAUAUCCUUAAGAUAGUCUCUGUGGUAUAUCCCGUUAACCCUCAGUUUGGUACAGACGCGUUUGAUGGUUUAGGACGUGUGUGUCAUUUUAGCUACAAUAAAGCCAAACAAUUGUUAGAUUACCAUCCAAUCUAUAACUUCCAGGAAACCAAACGUUUCACUGCAGCUUACCUCAUAAAAAUGAAAAAUGAAUAUUCAAAUCAAUAUUCUGAUGGAAAAAAUAAUUGAACAUUUUAACACCGUAUCUUGGUAUGGAGUCUGAAGCUACAUUUUGCAAAACCUUUUAAUUUCACUUGAAUUCUAUCCGGCUUCGAAAGAAAGUAUGUUGUUGAAUAACAUUCCACUGACUAUAAGUUAAGACAUCAGAACUAUAACAUUUUGGGAAAAUACGUAAUUAGCAUAUUUCUCAAACAAAUCUUUUGAAUGCUUGAUGCAAACUAAAUACUGCUCCAUUAUUUCGCUAACCAACCUACAUUUUAUUUAUGUAAAAUUUCUUGAUACAGUUCUAUGCAGUGAAUUUUGUACGAACAUUAAGGGGACGCAUAUUGCUACAUUCACAGUUCAUACAGCAAUGCGGAAGGGGUGCAUAUUCAAGAAAUUGAUGGUGGGAAAAUAAAAAACAUAUUCCUAAACUGAUAUAAUACUGAUGGACACCUGUAAUAUUCAGUAUUUUGUGGAUAAGGAUGUGGUACUAUGAAUGUAAUAGGAAAACAGAGGUGUUUGUGAAAGUACAUUCAACACAAAAUAUUAAGCUUUUGUAUUAGGAAAAAACAGGUUUUUUACAAUAACAGUGUUCCAAAUAAUGUUGAAGGGAUGAGAUUUUCUUUCUAACACACCAGGUUUGCUUAAACAUGUAAAAAUUUAACGCCACGUCAGUUCAUCUCGGGAUGGACGCCAUAUUCUCAUUGAUAAAAAAUGUAAACAAAAAAAUCAGAGUGGGAUUAGCAUUGCAAGGGCAUAACAUGACAUUCUACACAAUGAAUACCUUAGAACAGAUAUCUAAGAUGCUACACAGGUCAGGCGGGUUAAAUGCAUAAUGCCGAUCACUUGAAAUUCAUCUUGAAAAGGUGGUUAUUUUUAGUUUGUUUACAUGGUUUUUAAUUUUCCCACGACUUCUCGGCGAUUCACUGCAAAUGUAUUACUGCGCCGGACGAAAGGUAACUCUAAUAAACAACGGGAGACAACUUAGGU